CGACCGAGGAUUCAGAGGAGACAGUAUGGAAUGUCGGCUGGUGCCCCGGCUCCGGCACCGGCAUCGAGCCCUGCGGGCGGCGUAGGAGCUCUCGCGCCGUUUGUCAACGAGUUGGACCGUCUUGCGCCGAGUUUCGAUGUUCGAGGGGAUCAGAUACAGAUUAUUAGGACGCCGACCGAGUUCUACGAGACGCUAAAGGAUCGGAUACGAAAAGCUCAACGACGCAUCUUUCUGUCGACACUAUACAUUGGAAAGUCGGAGCGAGAGCUUAUUGAGACGUUACAAGAGGCACUGAGAGAGAACCCCGAGGUCAAGCUCAGUAUCUUGACAGAUUGCCUCCGCGGCACUCGAGAAGCUCCUAACCCAUCAUGUGCAUCCUUGCUGGCGCCCCUUGUGGAAGAGUUUGGAGCAGACCGAGUUGAGAUUCGCAUGUAUCACACGCCGAACUUGACAGGAUUAAGAAAGGAGUACAUUCCCAAGCGCAUCAAUGAGGGAUGGGGACUUCAGCACAUGAAGUUGUAUGGAGUCGAUGAUGAGAUCAUCAUGUCUGGGGCAAACUUAUCUACCGACUACUUUACAAACCGUCAAGAUCGCUAUCAUCUCUUCUCAUCCAAAGAAGUGACGGACCACUUCUGGAAGAUUCACUCAGGGGCCACAUCCUUCAGUUUUCUCGUUCAACCCUCAGAGGAACCAGCAGGCUUCACUCUCUCAUGGCCAACAACAAACUCGGCUCCUUCGCCUCUCGAGAAGCCCCAAGCUUUCAUCAAGCGCACCACAUCAACGCUACAGGCCUUGAUACAUCCCACGUCCAAGCCGACUCAGGACAUUUCAGAUACGAGGGUUUACAUGCUCAGUCAGAUGUCCCAGGUCAUGAAGCCGGAUACAUCGACUGAGCUCCCCAUCAUCACUCACAUCCUCAAAACUCUCGCCUCACCUGCAUACCGCGACUCUUCGUGGACAUUCACAGCCGGUUACUUUAAUCCGGCUCCCUCCCUGACAAAGCUCCUCCUCAACACUGCUUCGACUUCAAAUACAGUCAUCACCGCUGCCCCAGAAGCAAACGGCUUUUACAAGUCCAAGGGCGUCUCUGGACUUCUCCCAGAUGCUUACACGCUUCUUGCUCGCCGCUUUGUCCACCGUGUACACCACGAAGGUCGAGAUGAAGACAUCACCCUCAAGGAGUGGCGUCACGGCAUGGUUGGCCAACCUGGCGGAUGGACAUAUCACGCAAAGGGUCUUUGGGUAACCAUGCCUGGCGAUAAGCAUCCUGCCAUGAGCAUUAUCGGAAGCUCAAACUACACAAAGCGAAGCUACUCUCACGACCUUGAAGCCGGUGCCCUGAUUGUUACUCGCGACGAGGGUUUAAAGGCUCGGCUCGCAGACGAACAGCUCUGGCUUCAGGAGCACGCGACAAAAGCGACAAGAGACGACUUUGCCAAAAACGAACGAAGAGUAGGACUCAAGGUCCGGGUCGCCAUGUGGAUCGUCUCCCUAGUUGGUGGAGCGUUGUAAACAUAUUGUACCAUAACUGUAACACUUGGUCUUGUAGAAUAGACAGUAGAUGGAGGCG